CGCAAGAAAAGGAAAAAAAGAAAAGGUAGAAGAAGAAGAAGAAGAAGAAGAAGAAGAAGCAGAGAAAAAGAAAAGAAAAGAAUAGAAAAAAAGCAGAGGAAAAGUGUGGAAAAGAUGCGACCGAGGAGGAUAAAGGAGCACGUAGCGCUGCAAGGAAUAAAGAGAAGAAGAGAAAGAGAGAGCGAGAGAGAGAGAGAGAGAGAGAAGCUCCUGGACGUGGAGUCUUUGCUGCCGGCAGGAGCAACGGCGCGCGAAGAAGCUCUCGGUCGGUCGUGUAGUAGCUCGAAGAGAGGUAAAAGCGUAGAGAGAAACGGAGAGCGAGAGGGAGAGAGAGAUGGAGCGAGAGAGAAGGAGGAGGUGGGUGGAGGGGAAAAAGGACUGGCGCCUAGGGUGCCUCGCCUGUUCCGUAGGCGCGGUCAGAUUAGGUGCCGCCUGACGGUGACGUACGUCGACGGCCACCUUGCCAGGUUAACCAAUGGUAAGAGAGAACGGAGAGAAGAGUGGGAAACGGCAGGACGGUGGCGCGCAUGACGAACCUCCACCAACCGCUCCGGGAGCCUCGGGAACCUCGGGCGAGCUACGAGGCGAGGCAGUCAGUCGCUCUCAGCUACGACAUGCAUAACGCAUGAGAGAGCCCGAGCGAGAUCUUUCUACGACCCGUCUCUCCGCACACACGCUCUCUUUCUUUCUUUCUUUCUUUCUCUUUCUCUCUCUCUCUCUCUACCGUCUCUCUCUCUUUCUCUCUCUCACAUUCUUUCUCUCUCUCUUACACACUCUCUUUCCAUCGUUACUACUCGUUACUACUCACUCUCUCACGCAUACGAUCAUUCCUCGACCAACAACAACGCAAACGUUCCUUGGCGUUUGCUAUCUCACUCGCACCAAUCUUUCUCCCACGACUCCCACGUACGAUCAACCGAGUACUACGACGAUUACUACGACGACGACUACGACGACGACGACGACGACGACUACGACGACUACGACGACGACGACGACCACGACUACGAGGACUACGACUUGGACGAGGACGAGGAGAGGACUACACGGGUACGACACAGAAAGGAGUACGACACGCGCGAGAGUACGACCGGCACCGAGAGAGAGGAGAGAGAGUCUCGCGAGUCGGAAAACGCUGUUAACGCUGUUACCGUCGUCGUCCUCGGUUACGAGAGGUACGAUCCGUAACCGUACCCUACCGCAGUUACUCUUCUCACCGUCGCGUCGUUACGUUCUACCGUUCCGCAAUAUCGACGAGAGUGUGUAAAACGUCGUCGUUGUUUGUUAUCGUUCGUCAACGUUCGGUCAACUGUGAUCAUCGACGACUUCUCUCUUUUUCUUUUCAAAUGGUACAUAAGUUUCCGCGAGUUCCGAACGAAGGCAUGAGUGAUAUCGGGUGAUUCGCCCGAGAUUAAUAAUAACGCGAGUGCUGUCAUCGUUCGAGGAAGAUAUACGACUUGUGUGCUACGAGAUCCUGUGACACCUCUACGAUAAGAAAAAACGAAGAGGAGAAAGGAAGAGAUAUUAUAUCGAAGGGAGAAGAUACUGUUUUCCUCGCGAAAGUAACCGGGUACGCUCGGAAUGAUGCGGCUCGUUCGGGAUUUCUUACGUUUUCGCGAACGGUGGACCGGUGCGAGCGGUCGCUAAUAAUAAUAAUAAUAACGAUAAUAAUAAUAAUAAUAAUAAUAAUAAUAACAAUAAUAUUAUUAAUAAUAUUAAUAUUAAUAUUAAUAAUAAUAGUAACGAUAAUAAUAACGGUAAUAAUAAAAAUAAUAACGGUAGUAACGAUAAUAAUAAAAAUAGUAAUAACACUAAAGAUAGCGAACAUCGUCGUCAUCGCCGUCGAUAGAAAGGAUUACGUCUCCGGAAGGGAAGAGAUCGAGUCGUUUUUCUUCGAAGGGGGUGGAGAAAGAGAGACGGAGAGAGAGAGAGAGGAGAGUGAGAGUAAGAGUGAAAGAGUGAUACGACGAAAAGAGGAAAAGACGAGAAGAAGAAGAAGAAGAAGAAGAAGAAGAAGAACAGGAGGAAGAGGAAGAGGAAGAGGAGAUACAGAGAGAGAAAGAAAGAGAGAGAGAGAGAAAGAGAGAGGAAAGAUAGGUGCUCGCAAAAUUCGCCGGUACGAAAGGUAGGACCGGCGGCGAGCGUUCGAAGGACCUCUCGACGAGGGGAAGUAGAUGGCCGCUACCACGUACAUGCCGGUUAGUAGCGCAGUGUCGGCCGAGCUGGAUGGUGGUUCGGGUACAACAAUCGGGAUGAACAUCGCCGUGGGUGGCUAUUCCUCGGGCUCGCCCCGCAGCGCCGCCGACGCCGGCGAGAUGAAGUAUAUGCCGGCGCCGCAGCAUCAUCAUCAUCACCACCAUCAUCACCAGGUGACGUCGUCCCCGUCGCCGAACGGACUCUCGCAUCCGGCGGCGAGCCUCUCCUCGGCUAACCCAUGGGUCAGCUUGCAACCCGGUAGCGACCCUUGGGCAGCCUCGAUGGGGAUGCAUCACACGAGUCA